AUUUUUGUUUCGAAACUAAAACCCCUCGUUUCCGCUGCACUUAGUAUAAAAUAUGAGCCACUGCUACCCUGACAACGAGACACUGCCCGACACUCUUCUUCACUGCGAAGAAUCCCCAGAACUGCGGAAAAAAGCCUCCGCACAGUACACGGACCAAGGCAGUUAUGAAGUUCUACGUCGCCACUGUCUUUGCCCUCGUGGCCUGCGGCGUUCUUGCUGAGGACGCCCCCAAGACGGCUGAGGACAUCACAGGACGCGGAGGCCUGGUGGGCGGUGAUCUUAAGGGCGUCAUUGCUGAGGAUGCCGCCAAGAAUGAGGACAAGGACAUCAAAGGACGCGGAGGCCUGUUUGGCGGUGGUCUCGGAGUCGGCGGCUACGGCGCCGGUGCGGCCGGCCCUGCACUCAUUGGAACUAAACUCGUCGGAGCCGGUGGCCACGGAUAUGGAACAGGUGUCGGCUACGCUGGUCAUGGUUACGGCGGCGGCGUCAGCUACGGCGGUGGCUACGGCGGCGGUCACGGCGGCGGCUACGGUGGCGGUCACGGUGGCGGUCACGGCGGCGGUCACGGCGUAGGUCACGGCGUAGGUCACGGCGUAGGUCACGGCGGCGGUCACGGCGCGGUCACGGCUACGGCGGCAGCUACCAGUCUGGCUAUGGCUCUUCGGCUGGCGGUUAUCAGGGAGGAUACCAGGGUGGUGCUGCCGGCUACAAUCAGGGAUCAUCCGGUUUUGCGGGCGGUUCUUCCAACAAGCACGUCAACGCAUACAACGCCAACCAGGGUUACAGCCACAACUCGGGAUUCUCGUCCAGCAGCAGCAAUACAUUCGGCACCGGACACAAGCAGGGCUCCUCCGGAUUCGGAGUCAGUGCUGCCGGACACAAGGGUGGCUACGGGCACUCGUCGCACGGUCACAGCGCUGGUGCUGGCUACGGUGGAGGAUACCACUGGCUGA